UGGGGACCCAUCUUGGAGGCACUGAGCCACCCUUCAGCGCAGUGCUGACCUGCUGGGCAGCCAACUAGGGCCCGCUAUGGUGCUGGAACUGUUUCUGGACCUGUACUCCCCGCCAUGCCGCGCCGUCUACAUGUUCGCCAAGAAGAACAGCAUCCCCUUCGAGCUGCGGCUUGUCAGUCUGGCCCAGGGAGAGCACCUGAAGCCUGAGUUCCUGAAGGUGAAUCCCAUGAAGAAGGUGCCCGCCCUCAGGGAUGGGGACUUCAUGCUGGCUGAGAGCGUGGCCAUCCUUCUGUACCUGAGUCGCAAGUUCCAAACUGCACCACACUGGUACCCGACUGAGCUGCAGGCCCGCGCCCGUGUGGACGAAUACCUGGCGUGGCAGCACACCGCUAUCCAGCAGCUGGCCACCAACGUCUACCUGUGCAAGUCCCUCCUGCCCUACUUCUCAGGGCAGCCCGUGGAUACUGCAAUGCUGGAACGUCUGAUGAAGAAGCUGAGGGCGUCCCUGGAGUACCUGGACCAGGAGGUUCUGGCGGCCAGGCCUUUCCUGGCCACUGAGCAGGUCUCCCUGGCCGAUCUGAUGGCGCUCACAGAGCUGAUGCAGCCCACUGCCGCUGGCUGUGACGUCUUCAAGGACUGGCCCCGGUUGGCAGCUUGGCGGGUCCGCGUGGAGGCUGCCCUGGGCCCCGAGUUGGUCCAAGAGGCCAACAAGCUGGUGCUACAGCCCCGAGACCCCCGUGUUGUCCAGCAGAACCCUCAGGCGGCCCAGAAGGUGGCGCAACGGAUUCAGGAGCGGCUCUCCUGAUUGGGGUGCCCUGCGCCCCUGCACUCUGAGCUUGGCA